CAUUAAACAUAUCAACGAAGAAGAAGUACAGCAACAUGGCGUCAGCUGUCACAAUGUUUUUGUUGUCAUUUUUGUCCAACGUAUUGUUCAUUUCGGAGGCAGCGGAUAGCGAUUUCCUGAGUACGUUAGGCGCAUGCUACAAACCUAUCCGGGACGGUAGACCUACAUCUGUCAAGACAUAUCCCCGGCCACAUGAAUACCUUAAUGUAUCUGAGCUGCCAGCAGUUUGGGACUGGAGGAACAUCGAGGGGAAAAACUAUGCGAGCAUCACGAGGAACCAACACAUUCCACAGUACUGCGGCUCGUGCUGGGCCAUGGGAUCUAGCAGUGCGAUUGCCGACCGUAUCAACAUCAAGCGUGGUGGUACGUGGCCAUCAGCCUACCUGUCUGUCCAGAACGUGAUAGACUGUGGCCGUGCCGGGUCCUGCUACGGAGGAGACCACACAGGGGUGUACCAAUACGCUCACCAGAAGGGCAUCCCUGACGAGACAUGCAACAACUAUCAGGCUAAGAACCAAAAGUGUGAGCUGUUCAACCAGUGUGGGACGUGUUCCUCUGAUGCGUGUGCUGUGGUGCAGAACUACACCCGGUGGAAGGUAGGAGACUACGGGGAGGUGUCAGGACGAAACCAGAUGAAGGCUGAGAUAUACACCAACGGGCCUAUCAGCUGCGGUGUGAUGGCUACGAAGGGCCUGGAGGCGUAUCGUGGUGGUGUGUUUGCCGAGUUCCACCCCUUGUCUCUAAUGAACCAUAUCAUCUCCGUAGCAGGCUGGGGGGUGACGGAGGACGUGACGGAGUACUGGGUGGUCCGUAACUCCUGGGGAGAGCCUUGGGGAGAGUACGGCUGGGCGAGGAUCGUAACCAGUGCUUAUAAAGGAGGGAAAGGUAACUGGUACAACCUGGCCAUAGAGAAGAGCUGUGCUUACGGAGACCCCAUCAUUACGUAAAGAACAAAAGGAAUCGAGUCUCAUUUCUGUGGUGUCAUAACCAUCAGCUGGCUGACCUGAUCACUGAAUAUUAAUAUUGGAGAAUACCGUGCGUCACUCAAACAGUUGACCAGUGCUGCCGUCAACUGGAUGUGGUAUCAAAUGGUUCCGAUAGUAGGACAUGAUCUAGGAUCAGUUUAGCCUUUUAGAUUGUAGUGAAUAAGAUUACAUGGACAGAGAGGAUCUGAUCCGAGAUCAGCACUCCUACUGACGCUUUGUGAAUAUGGGACCUGGAGCCUACCUCUUCCUUCAUUAGUAGCCUCCCUC